AUGUCGGACGCGAAGAGGCCAAGGCUCGGGGACCCUCACGAGGACGCAUGUCAGCUGGCUCAUCAGCUCCUGUCGCAGGAGGGAGUCCGGAAGCUCCUCUGCCCUGAGCUCGUGGAGGAUGUCUUGGCCUGCUCGGUCGCGCGAGGGGUGGUCAUGUACCCGGAGCCCGAGAAGAAGAGGGAGGCCCGUGCAGUGCCCGUGACGCUGACACCCUGCCCGCUUCCGGCGAGCAGCUUCCGCGCCGCCGAGGAGCUGGCGGCGGACUUCCAUGCCCUCAUGGACAAAGUCUGCUGUGACCUGGCAUGGAUGCGGGAAGCCCUAGCGAAGACGGCCGCCAUGGAUUUGAUCUGCCGGAAACUGUUGGAGGUGUGCGAGCAGGCGUACAACAGCGAGACUGGCAAGGAGCCGAGUGGCGACAUCAGGCUCCAUAUCAUGCGCAACGAUUUCAUGUUCGACCUGCAGCGCGAUCCAGAUCUUGCGAUGGUUCAGAUCGAGCUGAACAUGAUGGCCGCCUCCUUCUCCACGCAUUGCCAAGACCUGACAGAAGCGCAGCGCUAUGCGCUUACGAAGUUCUUGGGCGUUCUGGAGCCGAAUCUCGGCUGCGCCCGAGUGGCCACGGCCCUGGAGGCGGCGAUGCCGAGGAGCCCAGCGGCGGAGAAGAUUGCCGAAGCGAUGGCCUUGGCGCACGAGGCCUACGACGCGCGGUGGCAGAGCAUCGGUCUCCCCAGGGCCGUGCUGUUCGUGUCGACAGAAGACGAGAAGAACGAGCUGGACCACAGGAAGCUUGAGCUGGCGUUUGCGCGGAAGGGGCUUCUUUGUCUGCGCCGGUCGCUUCCCCGCCUCGCGAGUUCUGCCCUCCGACCCCUGGCGCCAGCCGAAGGGCGCAGGACCUCCGUCAAGAAGCCCAUGGCUCUGGUCGUUGAGGGUAACUACGAGGUUGCCGUGGCCUACUUCCGAUCGGGAUAUUGGCCGAACCACUUCACGGAUGGGGCAUGGGAGGCCCGCGCCAUGAUCGAGCGCUCCGAAGCCGUGAAGUGCCCAUCCGCUCCCGCGCAGCUGGCCGGGAUGAAGAAGGUUCAGCAACUGCUCUGCCUCCCCACGGAGCUUCGGCGCUUCACCGGCGAGGCGGCAGCGACGGCGGUGGCGAAGACGUUCGGCAGGCAGUACGAUCCAAGCGAGGAGGCCGCCAAAGAAGCGGUCGAGGCUGCCAAAGCCGAGCCUGGGCGCUGGGUGCUGAAGCCGCAG